AUUGCGUCAUUUGAGCGAGAAGGGCUGUCCUCAUGAAGCGACCUCCCGCGACACCAAAACGGCCGAUGCAGGAGGACACCAACGCUUCGGAUGAGGAGGCGUCUGUGGAAGCGUCACAAGAAGACACCUUCGGAAAUGAGGAUGAGUCUCCCAAAGACGAAGAAUGCGAGAUGUUGACAAGAGAGGAACUCGACGCCAUGAUGGACGACGACGAAGGCGAAGCGACGACAAAACCCUCUGCAACUUUGUCACGUGGAUUGAUCCACCGGAUGCGUUCACGUAGCGCUGGGCAGUUGCUGCUCCCACGGCGCUCCCGCAGCUUGUACUCGCGGAGCUCCAGUUCCACAGCCGAUUACUCGUCCCACCUUCGCGCCCUUUCCAACGACCCCAAAAAAGCCGCGCCGUCUCCUACGUUACCACCGAGAAAAGAUCGAUCGUUGGGAAAGAAAGGCAUCCGAAAGAUGUCGAGCCGAUGGGACGAUGUGCGCACCCAAGUCAAGGGCAACCCCGUCGGUGGUCGAGACCCCCUGGUUGUGAACGACGGGGAAGACACUCUUGCGACAGUAGCGGCCGAACCAGCACCCGUCCCGUCUCCCAUAUCGUCCAAGACGAUGGCAGACGUGGCGAAACAGGUCAUCUACUCGAAGCGCGCGUCGUCCCAUUUGAAACUGAACGUGAACGUCACGCCUGGCCAUGCCGCGAUCAACGGGCUGUACUUGGAAAAGAAGAAGUUGGAUCUGCGCAUCUUAAGCGCCCAGUUCAAAGAGGUCAAGCGGUCCGAGUUUUACGAAGAGCUGGUCGUGUACUGCCUGUUUUUGCUGCUGUUUUUCCAGCUCUUGUCUGGCCUGCCGUUCCACGGGUCAUUCCAACAGAGCGACGUCACCGUCGACUUGACAUGCUCCGUGCCCGACGCGUGCUCGAUCCAGUCCCCCGACGAUAUUUACACGUUUGCCGCGCAUUUGAAGGGCCGAAUAUGCUCCGACUCGACCCAUCCCAAGGCGCCGUCAUUCCAGCCAUGGACGCGCGUCGGCGGCCUCUUCAUGCGUCAGAUCCGCGUGCGCGCCGAGCCGUGUCAAUUCGCCUUCAUCUUUGGCGACACCGAUGACCCUCCCACGACUGACUGCUUUCCCGCGCUGUCGGGCGACAACCAGGACACGGCGCCGAUCGUCGGGCGGUCGCGCAACUACUCGUGGUCCGACGAUCUGGCGCCGUGGAUCCCAGGGCACAACUCGUGGUACGCAAGCCACACCAAGAGCUUCGGCACGGGCGGGUACGUGCUCGAUCUGUGCGACACGGACGACGACCUGGUCGCAGACGCGUGGAUGGACGUGGCCACCCGCGCCGUGUCGCUCGAGUUUGUGGUCGUGAACCCGUCGACGCACGUGUUUACGGUGGCCUCGCACGAGUUUAUGAUCCAUCCGUCGGGCCACAUGAAGUACUUUGGCCAGAGCGCCAACCUCCGCGUGAUGGGCGUCGAAGGAACGUCAUCCUCAUCCAACAAUAGCAGCAUGUGGUGGGCCCUAGACGUCCGCGUGCACCUGUGGCUAGGCGUGUGUGCAUUUGUCCUCACGUACUUUCGCAGCGAACUGGCCGAAGUCCACAAAAUGGGUCUCACGUCAUACUUGACGCUGCACGGGUGGAACUUGUUUGAGCUCGCGCACUUGCUGCUGCUUGUGAGCACGCUCUACUACACGUACGUGUACUACACGCAGUCGUGGUGGACGAGGGAGGCGAUGGUGGCCGUGCCGCCAGACGCGCACGCCGUGCACAUCCGCAUGCUGCAACUGCUCGACACGUUUCUCCAGCUGAGCGACUUUGCCGCGCUGUCGUCGGCGUUUUCGCUGCUCAAGAUCUUCAAGUUUCUGCGCAUGAACUCGACGUUGAAUUUGCUGUGGCAAGUGCUCGGCAUGGCCCUAAAAGACCUCAUGGGGUACAUGGUGAUCUUCCUGCUCAUCUUCUUGUCGUACUCGACCAUGGGCAGCUUUGCGUUUGGGUUCGACCUCGAAGAGUUCUCGUCCGUGUCGACGUCCUUCGCCACGUGCUUUCACAUGCUCGCCGGCGACUUGUCGUACGACCGGCUCCAGCAGGCCAACCCGCGCCUCGCGCCCGUGUUCUUUGUCACGUUUGUCGUGCUGGUGCUGCAGGUGAUGGUCAACAUGUUCGUCGCGAUUCUGUCCGAGUUUUAUGAGAGCGCCAAGGACGUUGGCAACGACGAGGACGACGUCGAGUACGACAUCAUCACGCGGCUGCGCGAGUUUCUCGGCGCGUGUGCGCCCACCGUGGACCUGACCAACACGGGCACGAUCCUCCUGUGCCCGCACCAGACCGUUCGGCUGAUUUCCACCAACUUGGUCGACAAGGAGCUCACGCGGCACCGCGCCAAGAAGCUGUUUCGCGGCGUCGUGUGGCGCAUCAUUGCGCUGCUGCGCUUUGGCAUGAAGUUUGACCAGAAGCUCGUGUUUGCCAAGACGAGCACGCGCAACCACGACACGAACCGGACGACGCGGUACAUUCCGCUGUCGGAGAACUUUGACCACAGCACGAUCAAGACGAUGCUGCCCAAGGGUAUCACGAUCCGUCUCGAAGGCGACGCCAUCUUGGGCCAGCAGACGCUGCUGCGCGUGGUCCGCCACGGCGCACUGAGCGUCGAGUGCGUCGUGCUCCCGAGCGAACACCACGAAGACGUGAUGGAGCUGGUGGGGGGCGAAAAGCUCAAGCUCCCGUGGAAACUGUUUGUGUUUCACGUGGUGAAAUUGAUCUUCCGGGAGCUCCGGCAUGGCAUUCUGCGCGCGACCAAGUGGUGGGACCCGUACGAGUCCAAGAUCGUAGACGACUACCAUUUGUACCAACUGCUCACGGACGAACGGAGGCGCGGCAAGGCCACGCUGCGCUUUGACGAGCUGAAUCGGCUGCUCGACUUGUACUUUCGAAAGGAAAAACGCGGGCGCGAGUACAGCCAAGACGAGGUCCGCCACGAAGCGGCGCUGGUCAUGUACCGCUUCCGCAACUCGUUGAUUGACAUGCCGUCGCGAGAAAAGGAGGGCCACGACUACGUGCCCAACCCCGUCGACACGAGCGCCGUCGAGUUGAGCGCGAGUUUGCUGGCGUUGGGCGACCUCUUGGCCGAAAACUGCCACGACAUUUGGGCCAUCGAACGCCUCGAACAAGGCUGGACAUGGGGCCCGCGGCGCGACGACAAGCUCAAGCACCACCCGAAUCUGAUUCCGUACAAGGAAAUGUCGAAAGAAGAGCAAAAGUUUGACUUUCGCACGUCCAUGGAAACCAUCAAGACGAUCGUCGCGAUGAAGUACGGCGUCGCGCGCGGCCGCCGCGGCCCCGACGGCAUCCUGCGCACGCUCACGCAUUCCAACAGCGCCACGUCGGACAAGGGCACGGGGGGGCACAGUCCCAAAGCCACCGCCGCCGUCGGGCGGUCGUUUUCGUUUAUGGACGUCUCGCAUUCGAUUCCGUACGGUCGCAAUGGACAGACGUACACCCCGCAACCCGUGGACACGUCCAAAGUGGUGUUCCCUGCGAGCUUGCGACGACUCAUGGACCUCCUCGCCGAAAACGCGCAUGAAGUGUGGUCCAAGGGGCGCAUGGACGAAGGCUGGACGUACGGCCAGGUGCGCGACGACAAGCUCAAGAAGCACGUGUGCUUGGUGCCGUACGUGUUUCUCACCGAGGCGGAAAAGGAUUUUGACGUCAAGACCGCCGAAGCCACCCUCAAGAUGCUGUACGCGUUGGGGUACUUGAUUGUCGAUUCCAACGGCCACAGUUUGGUGUAAUACAAUACUGUAUCGCACAUGUUGGAAUCAUCAUACUAUUGUACUACUAGUAGUAAUACUAUAAAUCAAUCACACUUUGGACGUUGGUUGGUGUUUAGUAUCGAGUUGAACAAUGUCCUGCCAAGACAAGGUCGACAGAUGCGCCAACGUUUUCAUGCUUUGGUACAUGGGAUCUCGACUGGUAAUGCCAUAACUGGCGAAUUCCGACGCUUGAAACGCAUUCACAUGCUGCAUGAGUCCAGGCGUCAUCAAAUCGAUAGCACUGUCGAUGGGAAACCACUGGACUGCACGUACUUCAGGCGACAGCGCUUCCUUGGCAGCCACAGCCAUGUCCCAAAAGCUGCGGUCCUCCAACGCCGCCGCAAACGACCGCCGCUUGUCCUCGAGCCGACGAUUCACGCGCACGUCGAGUCCGUCGUCCAUGAGCCACGCGUUUUCCAUCGCCAACGCGACAAAGUUGUGCAUCUGGAACCGCUUCCCUUGGAUGGGCAACGUGGUUCGCGUGCUCACCCAGUGCAGCUUUGACAGAGGCGGCGGGUCGAGGCCGAGAAACUCUUCGCGCAGCUCCCGCAUCGCCGUGUGCUGGAGGGUCACGUCUCCACUGUCGCGACUUCCACCCGGAAACUUCCAUUCCCCAGGAUACCGCAUAAGGACUGUUGCCUCGGGCGUCGAACGCAGCCAGUUCUUCACUUCGCUCUGACCUAGCAAGACUUCCCAUGUGCCCGUCGAUGCCCCCUCGCGUAGGCACACCACCGUCGCCGCUUCAACCAAGACACUCAUGUUGUGCAUGAACUU